AUGGAGGUGGUGCAUGUGGAGGAGGAGGAGGGAGAGGAGGUGCAGCUGGCCAGGGAGGAGGUGCUGGCUCCGUCGCUGGAACUGAACCUCCUCGGCGGGCUCGCUGGCGAGGCGGAUAAGGGAAAGGCCAAGGCGAAGGAUGCAACGGGGCCGUCGGUGGAGCAGCAGGCCGCCGCCGCCGCCGCCGCAAGCGGCGAGAAGCGGCGCAUGUUCAAGUGCAACUACUGCCAGCGCAAGUUCUACACCUCCCAGGCGCUGGGCGGCCACCAGAACGCGCACAAGCGCGAGCGCUCCAUCGCCAAGCGCGUCGCCGCGGGGCGCGGCGCCGGCGCCGGCCUGUACGACCCGCUCGUCCCGCACCACCUCCGCUUCCCCAACCUCUGGCCCUACUCCGCCGCGGGAAGGUCCUUCCUGGGCCGCGGAGGCUCCGCCGUCGGGCCUUUCUACGGGAUGACCAUGCACCACCACGGUUGGGGCGCCCAGCCGUCCCUAGCAGGGCUCGCGCGUCACGCUAGCCCAGCAUACCCGCCGGAGGCCUACGGCUACGGCGCGUCGUCCAGGGCCCCUAUCCCGGCCUUUCCCGAACCCGCGCCGGCAAUCCAGUGGGCUGGUGGCAGCGGUGCCGGUACUGGCAACGGCGGCGAUCAAAGCGUCAAUGAAGUGAAGAAAAGGGAGGAGAUCGCUGGCAACAUAGACCUGACUCUCAAGCUCUAGAUAGCUCCGUAGGGUCUAAUCAUUUCUUCGUCAGAGUCGUCUUAAGAGAGCUCGAUCGUGUUGACAGACAAUGGUCAAUGCUAUCGGUCAUUUAAUUAGUAGUUGAUAGGAGAAAUUUCAUUCAGUUCCUGCUUAAUAUCUCAGCUAGCUGAUUAGGGUUCUAGCUAGCUGGUAGGAGUAGGUGUGGUUUAGCGCAAGACUUUAUCCUUCCUUCUACAUAUGUAUCAAAGAUCGAUAUAGUGGC